CGCCUGAAAUGGUAAUUCCACCAUUGUUACUAUGCGUGACACUUUUCCACUGGAUAAGUGCCGCAGAUAAUUUGACCGUGAACUACUACACAAAGUUAAUUUCCAGUGAAGUAUCAAGGGCGUUCACAUUUGAGUUACCAACGGAUUCCACAACGUUCGAAACCGAUUCCAGAGUUUGGCAUGGUGGUUUCUACGAUUACAUUGUGGUGGGCGCUGGGUACGCAGGUUCUGUUAUUGCAGCUAGACUCUCUGAAAAUCCGAGCAAUAGCGUACUUCUACUUGAAGCCGGAGGGUUUGAGUCGAAUUUCUCUGACAUUCCGAGAAUGAGCGAAUACUUGCGCGGUCUCGAGUAUAACUGGAAUUUUCAGACGACACAACAAACAAGUAGCUGCCUUGGUAUGGUCGACGGAAAGUGCAAUCUUCCAAGUGGUCGUGGUAUUGGGGGUUCUUCCAUACUGAACGAUUUGUCAUAUGAGCGGGGGAAUAAGGCGGACUAUGACAGUUGGUGUGGAGAAGGCUUGUCGGGGUGGUGCUACGAUGACGUUCUUCCAUUGUUUAAAAAGUCGGAAAACUUCAAAGUUCCCGAUGGCGAUGACGAUUACCAUGAUACUGAGGGGCUGCUUAACGUUGAACCCGUAAAGCUGUGUAAUCGCCAGUUGGACGCGUUUAUUGCAGCUAACGUCGAGUUGGGGAGAGAGGAGGUCGACUACAAUGGUGCGCAACAGCUUGGUGUUUCACGUAUGCAAAAGAACACAAUCAAUGGCACGCGACAGAGUAUCGCAAAGGCUUUCCUGAGUGAUACGCUCAAUCGUACCAACUUGAAAGUGUACAACGGUAGUCUGGUUACACAAAUUACAACCUUUCUUUGGAAAGCGACCGGGGUGCGGUACAGCAGAGGCGGUCGCUUUUACAGGGCGAGGGCUUUGAGAGAAGUCAUACUUGCAGCAGGUGCGAUCGGUUCUGCGCAGUUGCUCAUGUUGUCAGGUAUUGGAUCCAAAAAUAACCUGCGUACCGUCAGAAACCUGCCAGUCGGAGAAAACCUUCAGGAUCACCCUGCCUAUUUAGCUUUACACUUUGUAACUGAUUUCACCGAACCGAUUGUACCUAUAGAGGAUAAUGUAAGAGAUUACUUGGACGGCUUUGGGCGUUACACUGUCGGUGGAAACACUCAAGGGUUGGCUUUUAUUAAAGUAAACCAGUCAAAUCCUUCCGAGCAGCCAGACAUUCAGCUUGUACUACUUCCAUCUAACAACAGUAACGGCUUUGAGCAAAGGGCGUACAAUUAUAACGAUGAGACCUACGGCGCUAUCUGGGAGAAACUAGAUCCGAGGAGAAGCUUCACGAUUAGAGUAGUACUUCUUCAUCCAAAAUCGCGAGGAACAAUCAAGCUUCAAUCUACAUCUCCUUACAUAUACCCAGCGAUUGAUCCAAAAUUUUUCUCCGAUGAAAAUGGAGAGGACAUAGAAACAAUGUAUCAGGGCAUUCUAGCCGCUAUCGAGCUUGCUAAUACCACAGCGUUUAAAAAUAUGAACGCUGUUCUGUUUGACGCCACUGUACCUCAGUGUAGUGUACACGAUCGCAAUUCGAGGGAGUACUGGUACUGUCAAAUAAGACAUUUGGCUGUACCUCUUGGACAUAUGGUUGGUACGUGUAAAAUGGGACUACGUGGUUCGGGUGCCGUUGUUAAUUACGAUCUUCGGGUUCACGGAAUGAAGCGGUUAAGAGUGGCGGAUUCUAGCGUUAUUCCAAACAUCGUUUCAGCUGAUCCAAGCAUUGCGUCUAUAAUGAUAGGGGAGAAAGUAAGCGAAUUAAUUAUGGGCUGAACUGCGUGAAAUCUUAUUAUAGUAGACUCGUUUUGGACAGAGUG